AUCAGGAUCUUUUUCAAAUGUUGCUUUUCAAAAACCUUCCACCAUGAGUACAGUGUUUGGCGCUAACUCCUUGCCAACAUAUGCAGUGGACGGAAACAACGAUACCACAUGGAACGUCUGCGCAGAAACGAAAUAUGGCUACAUGGAUCCGUGGUGGAUGGUGGAUCUGCAUGGGUACUUCGACAUACAUUUCGUCACCAUCACGAACUAUGGCCACUACAAAUGGUGGCAGCGUCUACGCACCUUCACCAUUGACGUGUUUAUAGAGAAUCCAAUAGGCUGUGCACGUGCCACCCCAGUCCAGUGUUACAACCGCACCGACCCAGUGGGGCGUGGUAAGACUGUACAAUUUAAAUGUCGCUCGCCCGUGACUGGUCGGUUCGUCCGUAUUAAGAAGUGGAAAACUGUGCACACGUAUGACAUACUGGUAUUGUGUGAAGUUCAGGUUCUUGGCACAAGGGCGACAGGUUGUCCUUUUUCUCGACCUUUUCACCGUGUACGAGAGACGCGACUGAACUCAAUAAAUGACGUCAUUUUCGGCGUUCUUGACGUCAUGAAUUGCGCGAGCAGAUGUGGCCACCGCGAUUGUUUGGCCUUCAAUUACAACCAGAACAGUCAACAGUGUCAGCUCAUUUCAGCUCCGACGUUUAACGAUUCAACAACGAUGACCUCAUCGUGGGAUUACUACGGAGUGGAUCUCUGUUGAUCAAUUUAAUAUCUGAACUUUGUUAAGACUGGAAGAAACACGAGGUCAGCUGUGUCAAUUUACUUUCACUUUCCUACAUUUCUGCUCGAAACAUUUUGCAUGAUAUAAACUUGUUAAUUGCACCAGUCAUAUUCGUGUAUACAUUCUUCAGAGCGUGUUAUAUUAAAGACGUCAUUCUAAAAGAAAUUUCAUCGCAAUAAAUAGGAUUACCCAAA